CAAGGCGCUGGCCCAGAGGCAGGUCAUGCUCUGUCCAAAGUACUCCAUUCGAGGCGACGCGGCAGACGUGAGAUAUGGGACCUAUACAGCCUGGACGCCUGGAACUCCUUGAUGGUCUCCAUGUGAGUCCAGGUGAUGGUCACACACGUCACAGCACAGAUUUCCCAAAUGCGGAUGAGGAAUUCUCGACCGCCUUCGCUGUGAAUAACCAGCUUACCCACUACCAACUCACUGCACGCAUCGCCGCCUCUCUAAUCCUCGGCUUUCCCUUCCACUCCACAUAUUUGCUCGUCGACCACUGCCCUUCAUUCAACCCACCACCACGGCUGCUCAUCUGAUGUCGGCCCCACCACCGUCGCGUGCUUCCCUCCGCAAGCAACGACUGCUCGAGCUGGAACACGAGCAGCGUAUGGAGGAUAUGGAAGCCCUCAAAAUGACAGAGGAACAACGCCUGCUAUUGUUCCACUCCUUCCGCUCGGUCAAAUUCGAAUGGUGCGACCUGGACGGAAUGCGGCCAGCGACGACGUUUGUUCCCCAUGUCGCGCCCACCCGUCGUCGAGUUACUUCAUCAUCAAUCCGCCCUCCCCCCGCCCGCUCGCUGCCCCCUUCGCCUUGCGAGCAGGCUUCGCCUUUCGCUCGGUGCUCGGCGCUCAAUCCCCCACCGCGGUAUGAAGCUUGUGCCAAUGUGACCCACUCGGACAAGGUUUCGGCUCGGCUCGCUUCUCUGGGGAAGGACGAGACGAUCCGCGGGAUCCCCUUCCCGCCAGCAUCGGUCCCGGCCCUCGCGGCCCAGUCGCACCAGCCAGUCGCCCGCCGUCCGCCGCCCGCCUACCCGGGUGUGAAGCACGUGUCACCAUCGACCCUGCGCCCGCGGAAGCAGCGGUCCUCUGUGAAAGCGCUGUUCGUGCUUGGGCCCGCUGAUGAGGACGAGUCAGACGACCAGGACGCCUGGACCGACGAGGACUCGGACGAGGAGGUGUUCGUGUACCCUGGGGCCGGCGAACGCGACGACGGAGAUUGGGACGAGGACGACGCGGAGCUCGCCACUCCAGUCGCGACGGAACCCAGCUGGCGCUUCGAGGAUGCAUUGGAUAGUCCGGAAACACCGCGCGCGUCCCAGUAUCUGGUGGAAAAGCCACGGUGGUAGCAGGCGUGCCUGGUUUCCGCGAAACUUACGACCUGUAAUGACUCGGAUGUCCUCUGCAUUUCUCUCUCUCGCUGUCUCGCUCUCACUUUCUCUGUCCUUGUCUCUCUCGUUCUUUCUUCCUGUCUCUCUCUCUCUCAAUAUAUCAUGGAAAUCACACAUCGCUCAUUCAUCUCAAUCAAUUUCUCCUUCCUAUUCUAUCCCAUACAGUUAUUAUCCUACUCCACGCUAUCGUCUCUCAUUUUCUCGCAUAAUGUAUAUCUGCUGCCUAUGUAGUGUACACAAAGUCUGUAGCAUCUUAGUCGCGCAAUGGAUGGUAGAUGCUUAUGGGUGCUUA